AUGAAAGAGUUACUUUCAUCUCACCAGCCACGUGAUGAAAGAGUUACUUUGAGACGUCAGGAAAUAACACGUUUAUUACCAAUCACCAGGUUUCAACCACCAGUCUCAUCAUCCCAUCCCACAGUCGAUGCAGUUGAGCAGAAUCUCUCCCGCUUUCCAUCACCCCGCCCCAUUCCCCUGUUUUCCAUCACCCCGCCCCAUUCUCCCGCUUUCCAUCACCCCGCCCUAUUCUCCCGCUUUCCAUCACCCGGCCCCAUUCUCCCUCUUUCCAUCACCCCGUCCCAUUCUCUCGCUUUCCAUCACCCCGCCCCAUUCUCUCGCUUUCCAUCACUCUGCCCCAUUCUACCUCUUUCCAUCACCCCGCCCCAUUCUCCCUCUUUCCAUCACCCCGCCUCAUUCUCCCUCUUUCCAUCACCCCGCCCCAUUCUCCCUCUUUCCAUCACCCCGCCCCAUUCUCCCGCUUUCCAUCACCCCGCCCCAUUCUCCCGCAUUCCAUCACCCCGCCCCAUUCUCCCUCUUUCCAUCAACCCGCCCCAUUCUCCCGCUUUCUAUCACCCCGCCCCAUUUUCCCGCUUUCCAUCACCCCGCCCCAUUCUCCCGAUUUCCUACACCCCUCCCCAUUCUCCAACUUUCCAUCACCCCGCCUCAUUCUCCCGCUUUCCAUCACUCCACCCCAUUCUCCCGCUUUCCAUCACCCCGCCCCAUUCUCCCGCUUUCCAUCACCCUGCCCCAUUCUCCCGCUUCCCAUCACCCCGGCCCAUUCUCCCGCUUUCCAUCACCCCGCCCCAUUCUCCCGCUUUCCAUCACCCCGCCCCAUUCUCCCUCCUUCCGUCACCCCGCCUCAUUCUCCCGCUUUCCAUCACCCCGCCCCAUUCUACCGCUUUCCAUCACCCCGCCGCGUUCUCCCGCUUUCCAUCACCCAGCCACAUUCUCCCACUUUCCAUCAGCCCGCCCCAUUCUCCCUCCUUCCAUCGCCCUGCCCCAUUCUCCCUCCUUCCAUCAUCCCGCCCCAUUCUCCCUCCUUCCAUCACCUCGCCCCAUUUUCCCGCUUUCUAUCAGCCCGCCCCAUUCCACCACUUUCCAUCACCCCGCCCCAUUCUCCAGCUUUCCAUAACCCGCCCCAUUCUCCCGCUUUCCAUCACCCCGCCCCAUUCUCCCGCUUUCCAUCACCCCACCCCAUUCUCCCGCUUUCCUUCACCCCACCCCAUAUUCCCGCUUUCCAUCACCCCGCCCCAUUCUCCAGCUUUCCAUCAGCCCGCCCCAUUCUCCCUCCUUCCAUCGCCCUGCCCCAUUCUCCCUCCUUCCAUCAUCCCGCCCCAUUCUCCCUCCUUCCAUCACCUCGCCCCAUUUUCCCGCUUUCUAUCAGCCCGCCCCAUUCCACCACUUUCCAUCACCCCGCCCCAUUCUCCAGCUUUCCAUAACCCGCCCCAUUCUCCCGCUUUCCAUCACCCCGCCCCAUUCUCCCGCUUUCCAUCACCCCACCCCAUUCUCCCGCUUUCCUUCACCCCACCCCAUAUUCCCGCUUUCCAUCACCCCGCCCCAUUCUCCAGCUUUCCAUCACCCCGCCUCAUUCUCCCGAUUCCCAUCAACCCGCCCCAUUCUCCCGCUUUCUAUCACCCGUCCCCAUUCUCCCUCCUUCCAUCACCCCGCCCCAUUCUCCCGCUUUCCAUCACCCCGCCCCAUUCUACCACUUUCCAUCACCUCGCCCCUUUCUCCCGCUUUCCAUCACCCCGCCCCAUUCUCCCGCUUUCCAUCUCCCCGCCCCAUUCUCCCUCCUUCCAUCACCCCGCCUCAUUCUACCUCCUUCCAUCACCCCGCCCCAUGCUCCCCCUUUCCAUCACCCCGCCCCAUUCUCCCGCAUUCCAUCACCCCGCCCCAUUCUCCCUCCUUCCAUCACCCCGCCCCAUUCUGCCGCUUUCCAUCACUCCGCCCCAUUUUCCCGCUUUCCAUCACCGCGCCCCAUUCUCCCGCUUUCCAUCACCCCGCCCCAUUCUCCCGCUUUCCAUCACCCCGCCCCAUUCUCCCUCCUUCCAUCACCCCGCCCCAUCCUCCCGCUUUCCAUCACCCCGCCCCAUUCUCCCUCCUUCCAUCACCCCGCCCCAUUCUCCCGCUUUCCAUCACCCCGCGCUAUUCUCCCUCCUUCCAUCACCCCGCCCCAUUCUCCCGCUUUCCAUCACCCCGCCCCAUUCUCCCGCUUCCCAUAACCCCACCUCAUUCUCCCGCUUUCCAUCACCCCGCCACAUUCUCCCGCUUUCCAUCACCCCGCCCCAUUCUCCUUCCUUCCAUCACCCCGCCCCAUUCUCCCGCUUUCCAUCACCCUGCCCCAUUCUCCCGCUUCCCAUCACCCCGGCCCAUUCUCCCGCUUUCCAUCACCCCGCCCCAUUCUCUCGCUUUCCAUCACCCCGCCCCAUUCUCCCUCCUUCCAUCACCCCGCCUCAUUCUCCCGCUUUCCAUCACCCCGCCCCAUUCUCCCGCUUUCCAUCACCCCGCCGCAUUCUCCCGCUUUCCAUCACCCAGCCACAUUCUCCCACUUUCCAUCACCCCACCCCAUAUUCCCGCUUUCCAUCACCCCGCCCCAUUCUCCAGCUUUCCAUCAGCCGCCCCAUUCUCCCGCUUUCCAUCACCCCGCCUCAUUCUCCCGAUUCCCAUCAACCCGCCCCAUUCUCCCGCUUUCCAUCACCCCGCCCCAUUCUACCACUUUCCAUCACCUCGCCCCUUUCUCCCGCUUUCCAUCACCCCGCCCCAUUCUCCCGCUUUCCAUCUCCCCGCCCCAUUCUCCCUCCUUCCAUCACCCCGCCUCAUUCUACCUCCUUCCAUCACCCCGCCCCAUGCUCCCCCUUUCCAUCACCCCGCCCCAUUCUCCCACAUUCCAUCACCCCGCCCCAUUCUCCCUCCUUCCAUCACCCCGCCCCAUUCUGCCGCUUUCCAUCACUCCGCCCCAUUCUCCCGCUUUCCAUCACCGCGCCCCAUUCUCCCGCUUUCCAUCACCCCGCCCCAUUCUCCCGCUUUCCAUCACCCCGCCCCAUUCUCCCUCCUUCCAUCACCCCGCCCCAUCCUCCCGCUUUCCAUCACCCCGCCCCAUUCUCCCUCCUUCCAUCACCCCGCCCCAUUCUCCCGCUUUCCAUCACCCCGCGCUAUUCUCCCUCCUUCCAUCACCCCGCCCCAUUCUCCCGCUUUCCAUCACCCCGCCCCAUUCUCCCGCUUCCCAUAACCCCACCUCAUUCUCCCGCUUUCCAUCACCCCGCCACAUUCUCCCGCUUUCCAUCACCCCGCCCCAUUCUCCUUCCUUCCAUCACCCCGCCCCAUUCUCCCGCUUUCCAUCACCCCGCCCCAUUCUCCCGCUUUCCAUCACGCCGCCCCCUUCUCCCUCCUUCCAUCACCCCGCCCCAUUCUCCUUCCUUCCAUCACCCCGCCCCAUUCUCCCGCUUUCCAUCAGCCCGCCCCUUUCUCCCGCUUUCCAUCUCCAUGCCCCAUUCUCCCGCUUUCCGUCAACCCGCCCCAUUCUCCCGCUUUCCAUCACCCCGCCCCAUUCUCCUGCUUCCCAUCAUCCCGCCCCAUUCCCCCGCUUUCCAACACCCCUCCCCAUACUCUCGCUUUCCAUCACCCCGCCCCAUUCUCCCGCUUUCCAUCACCCCGCUCCAUUCUCCUGCUUUCCAUCACCCCGCCUCAUUCUACCUCCUUCCAUCACCCCGCCCCAUUCUCCCGCUUUCCAUAACCCCGCCCCAUUCCCCAUUCUCCUACUUUCCAUCACCCCGCCUUAUUUUCCCGCUUUCUAUCACCCCGCCCCAUUCUCACGCUUUCCAUCACCAUGCCCCAAUCUCCCUCCUUCCAACACCCCGCCCCAUUCUCCCGCUUUCCAUCACCCCGCCCCAUUCUCCCGCUUUCCAUAAACCCGCCCCAUUCUCCCUCCUUCCAUCACCCGCCCCAUUCUCCCUCCUUCCAUCACCCUGCCCCAUUCUCCCUCCUUCCAUCACCCCGCCCCAUUCUCCCGCUUUCCAUCAGCCCACCCCAUUCUCCCGCUUUCCAUCACCCCGCCCCAUUCUCCCGCUUUCCAUCACCCUGCCCCAUUCUCCCGCUUUCGAUCACCCCGCCCCAUUCUCCCUCUUUCCAUCACCCCGCCCCAUUCUCCCGCUUUCCAUCACCCCACCCCAUUCUCCCGCUUUCCAUCACCCCGCCCCAUUCACCCGCUUUCCAUCACCCCGCCCCAUUCUCCCGCUUUCCAUCACCCCGCCCCAUUCUCCCGCUUUCCAUCACCACGCCCCAUUCUCCCUCCUUCCAUCACCCCGCCCCAUUCUCCCGCUUUCCAUCACCCCGCCCCAUUCUCCCUCCUUCCAUCACCCCGCCUCAUUCUACCUUCUUCCAUCACCCCGCCCCAUGCUCCCGCUUUCCAUCACCUUGCCCCAUUCUCCCGCUUUUCAUCACCCCGCCCCAUUCUCCCACUUUCCAUCACCCCGCCCCAUUCUCCCGCUUUCCAUCACCCCGCCCCAUUCUCCCUCCUUCCAUCACCCCGCCCCAUUCUCCCAUCACCCCGCCCCAUUCUUCCGCUUUCCAUCACCACGUCCCAUUCUCCCGCUUUCCAUCACCCCACCCCAUUCUCCCGCUUUCCAUCACCCCGCCCCAUUCUCCCGCUUUCCAUCACCCCGCCCCAUUCUCCCAUCACCCCGCCCCAUUCUCCCGCUUUCCAUCACCACGUCCCAUUCUCCCGCUUUCCAUCACCCCGCCCCAUUCUCCCGCUUUCCAUCACUCCGCCCCAUUCUCCCGCUUUCCAUCACCCCGCUCUAUUCUCCUGCUUUCCAUCACCCCGCCCCAUUCUUCUCCUUCCAUCACCCCGCCUCAUUCUACCUCCUUCCAUCACCCCGCCCCAUUCUCCCGCUUUCCAUAACCCCGCCCCAUUGUCCCACUUUCCAUCACCCCGCCCCAUUCUCCCGCUUUCCAUCACCACGCCCCAUUCUCCCGCUUUCCAUCACCCCGCCCCAUUCUCCCUCCUUCCAUCACCCUGCCCCAUUCUCCCGCUUUCCGUCACCCCGCCCCAUUCUCCCGCUUUCCAAAACCCCGCCCCAUUUUCCCGCUUUCCAUCACCCCGCCACAUUCUCCCACUUUCCAUCACCCCGCCCCAUUCUCCCUCCUUCCAUCAGCCCGCCCCACUCUCCCUCCUUUGAUCACCCCGCCCCAUUCUCCCGCUUUCCAUCAGCCCUCCCCAUUCUCCCGCUUUCCAUCACCCCGCCCCAUUCUCUCGCUUUUCAUCACUCCACCCCAUUCUCCCGCUUUCCAUCACCCCGCCCCCUUCUCCUUCCUUCCAUCACCCGGCCCCAUUCUCCCUCCUUCCAUCACCCCGCCCCAUUCUCCCACUUUCUAUCUGCCCGCCCCAUUCUCCCGCUUUCCAUCACCCUGCCCCUUUCUCCCGCUUUGCAUCUCCCGGCCCCAUUCUCCCGCUUUCCAUCACCCCGCCCCAUUCUCCCGCUUUCCAUCACCCCGCCCCAUUCUCCCACUUUCCAUCACCCCGCCCCAUUCUCCCUCCUUCCAUCACCCCGCCUCAUUCUACCUCCUUCCAUCACCCCGCCCCAUGCUCCCGCUUUCCAUCACCCCGCCCCAUUCUCCCGCUUUUCAUCACCCCGCCCCAUUCUCCCGCUUUCCAUCACCCCGCCCCAUUCUCCCGCUUUCCAUCACCCCGCCCCAUUCUCCCUCCUUCCAUCACCCCGCCCCAUUCUCCCGCUUUCCAUCACCCCGCCCCAUGCUCCCGCUUUCCAUCACCCCGCCCCAUUCUCUCGCUUUCCAUCACCACGCCCCAUUCUCCCGCUUUCCAUCACCCCGCCCCAUUCUCCCGCUUUCCAUCACUCCGCCCCAUUCUCCCGCUUUCCAUCACCCCGCCCCAUUCUCCCGCUUUCCAUCACCCUGCCCCAUUCUUCUCCUUCCAUCACCCCGCCUCAUUCUACCUCCUUCCAUCACCCCGCCCCAUUCUCCCGCUUUCAAUCACCCCGCCCCAUUCUCCCGCUUUCCAUCACCCCGCCCCAUUCUCCCGCUUUCCAUCACCACGCCCCAUUCUCCCGCUUUCCAUCACCCCGCCCCAUUCUCCCUCCUUCCAUCACCCUGCCCCAUUCUCCCGCUUUCCGUCACCCCGCCCCAUUCUCCCGCUUUCCAUCACCUCGCCCCAUUCUUCUGCUUUCCAUCAACCCGCCCCAUUCUCCCGCUUUCAAUCACCCCGCCCCAUUCACCCGCAUUCCAUAA